AUGCAAUGCAAUAUCCACGCAGACAUGAUUCGCUCAGAGGUCUCAAACAUGUGCCAGGAGACAGGGCGACGCCUUCAAGAUGUGAUUGACAAGAUGCAAGACACAAGGGAUGAGGAGACAGGGCAGGUGCAAACAAUGAUGCGGGCCUUGGACAUGAAGGUCAAUGAGUGCCAUCAAAAGCUGGUGGAACUACUCAACGAUGACUCCAGCAAACCAAUACAUCCUGCAGACCUUGAGGUAUUCCAAAAAGAGCUGGAGGCAGAGCGGGUUUGUCGCAGAGAUUUGAUCAAGGACGUAUAUGCGCGCAUCAACGAGGAAAUGAUCAGAGUUACAAAGGUCAUGGAUGAACAUCGUGCAGCAGCUUUAGAGGCUGUGGCCCAGGAGCGUUGGGCCAGAAGCGAGGAUGCAGCGGAACUGAGGGCAACUUUUGGGGCAAUGCGGAGUCAGGCAUGCAAUGUUGAAAAGAAGGAUGUGCAGGCAGUUAAUAUGCGAGGGGAGGAGCACCCGGAAGAUCCUGAAGACCUCUACACAUUAUAUGAAAUGGUGCGCGAAGCACUGGGUGAUACUGUCCAUUUGCGGCAACUUCUGGCCGAAGAGAAGUCAGAGAGGAUUCACGAGUUUUCCUCCAACAGGCAACAGAUGGACAUGCUCUCACGUGAGCUGAACACAAUGCAGGCUCUCUUAAGAGAGGCAGCCGCUGGUCGAACAGAGGCCCAGUAG